GUCCCGAGCACGGAUGAGCUCAGCUGACUCGUAGCUCCCAAAACUCAGUGCGGCAAAGAGCAGAAAUGCGUCACGAUGUCUUUCAAGAAGGAAACGCCCCUGGCCAACGCCGUGUUCUGGGCCGCGAGGAAGGGGAACCUGGCUCUCCUCCAGCUGCUGCUCAACAGCGGCCGCGUGGACGCGGACUGCAGAGACAGUUUCGGCUCGACGGCGCUGAUGGUGGCGUCCUACAGUGGCCGUUAUGAGUGUGUCAAACAACUGAUCAUGCAGGGAGCCGACAUCAACUACCAACGAGAGACGGGCUCCUCCGCCCUGUUCCUCGCCUCCCAGCAGGGACACGAUGACGUCGUGAAGCUCCUCUUUGAGUUCGGAGCCUCCACCGAGUUCCAGACGAAGGAUGGGGGCACAGCCCUCACCGUGGCCUCUCAGUAUGGACACUCCAAGGUGGUGGAGACCCUGCUGAAGAACGGAGCCAAUGUUCACGACCAGCUGCAUGACGGCGCCACGCCUCUGUUCCUCGCCGCUCAGGGGGGUCAUGUGACUGUGAUCCGUCAGCUGCUGUCAUCUGGGGCAAAGGUUAACCAAUCGAGGGAGGACGGCACCUCUGCCCUGUGGAUGGCGGCUCAGAUGGGCCACAGCGAGGCGGUGAGGGUGCUUCUCCUCCGUGGGGCCGAUCGGGAUGCUGACGGACAAGACGGAUCGACAGCGUUAUUCAAAGCUGCCUUUAAGGGACACAACAGCGUCAUCGAGGAGCUCCUCAAGUUUUCUCCUUCUGUUGGAAUCCUCAAGAACGGCUCCACGGCUCUUCAUGCUGCCGUCAUGGGGGGAAACCUCCAGUCGGUUCUUCUACUGCUUGGAGCCAACGCAGACCCAACGACGCCCAACGAGAAUAAUGAACUCCCUGCAGAUCUCACAAAGAGCGAUCGCAUCCUGAAGGUGUUACGUCCAAAAGUGUUAAAUGGAGCCAGUUGAUGACCAACCAGGGGGGGGGGGGGGG